AUGGAGGAAUCACAGGCCUCCACGGCGCUUGGUGAGGACUUGUAUGAUGAUCCAUCUCAGCUCUCCCAGGCCCUUCGGCAACGGGCCUGCAGCGACAAGCCAUUCUUCUUCACCACCUCGACCGAGAGCCAGCCAUCGGACAGCCACGGUCACAGCCAUAGCGCCGCACCCUUCUUUGAUCGCGGUGCUUCCCCACGACGCGCCGUCCAUGCGAACCAUGUGAAACCCGUUCUGCCCAAACAUCACAGCGCACCCACGAGCACAGGCAACCCAAAGGAACCGGUGGCGAUACCAAAGAUGUUCAGCUUUAAUAUGACGGAUGCGCCGGGGGAUACGCAGCCUGACAGCCAGAUGCUCAAGACGUGGACGAGCGGAAUUUAUUCAACGACCGAUGCCAAAGACAUUCCCAAAUCGCUCUUUGUUGAGCAUGGUGACGAAGAUGGUGACGACUCGCCUACAGACGAAAUGGAUGUUGUUGCAUCGAGCCAGGACCAGCGCAUUCCUACACCUACAAGCCCUACCGAAAUUGGUGACUUUGCGCAGAACAGCCUCGCACCCACAAGUCCGCUCAAGUUUCAGACACCCGCAUUGGCAGGCAGAACAAGAGGCAGCUCAGGUCCAAUGCCUAGCUCGGCAUUACGGUCGAACACGACGCCUGGCACCGGCACUUCUGCAAACUUAUUCUUUCCAGCACUAAGCCAUGGAGGCGAAGGGGUUGCACAGCACAUUUCCCUCACACAGGCCUUUAACAAUACCCAGGCACCCACUUCGCCUGUAAUAGGUGGAGGUGCAACUGACGACAUUAUCUUUUCACGCCCUUCUCCCAACUUCUCACACAUACGGCACUCGAGUCCGAUACCAGCGUACUCGAGUCAAAUGAAAGUCACCCAACCCGAGACGCCGAAAUCCGACCCUAUAGUGCGAUCUUCCAGCCAGCCACGCGCUGAGUACGUCACAAUGAAGCAAUCACAGGAGAGACGGAAAUUAUCGGUAGGAGAAGAGCAUGGAGCCCUCGUGGAGCAGGACAGCUGGGAAGAGUUGUCUCGCAAAGUGCGGGCCAAAAAAGCAAGAGAACACGCUCAUCGCCAGGCUGCCAGGUCCUUAUCCAGUGUCUCAGCGCCAACCCCUGUGUUAUUGCGAUCGGCUAAGGAACGAAUGAACACCGACUAUCCGUCCCCCGAAAAGUCAAAGACAUCGCGAAGCGGAGUGCAUAGUGGAGUGGACGACUAUGACGUGACGAUAGAUGAGCAGUCACAACCUGUCGCGGAAAAUGAAAUGAAUGAACACAAUGCCGAUGAAUCGUCGCAGCAGGUGCCUGAUACCGCACGGACUACGAGGAGACGUAACAGUAGCGAUAACAACGUGCAAGUACCCAAAACCUCUUCGCAUCCUCACUGGACUCCCUCAGGCCCACUUUCACGAGACUCCUCUCAACCAAAUAUACAACCUUCAUUGCUGCACCGAGAAUACCAACUACAAGAAACCGGAUUACAGCACAGUCUCCAUCAAUCAUUCCAACCGCAAAGCAGCAGAGAAUCAGUGGCCGUAAUGGACUCUCAACCAGACGUCACUGCCGAUUUCGAUAGUGUCCCACGACCAAAAUCGCUACGCUUUCCUUCAUCACCAUCAACAAACCAAUAUAGCAUCAACCAGACGACAAUGGCUACCAAGACGGGAUAUACAAGCCAGGUCAUUUCAUCUUCUAUACCUCCAAUGCCACCCAAGUCGAGUGGCGCUGAAGACGAAGUGACACCCGAGGGCGAAGAGCGGGUACCCAGCAGCCCGCCACUUCUGCCCCCUGAUGAUGCCGAGGCUGGAGAUGGAGAUGUGGAAUACGAUGAACAUACGUACGACGAAUAUACAGAGGGAGUUGUAGAGCAAGAAGGGUUGUUAUCCCCAAUAAUUGACGAGGGUACAGCCAUGGAUGAGGAAGACGAUCUGCCUCUAGCAAUGCAAGAGCUUGUAGGUGAAGACAACAUGACAGAAGACCAAGGAGUGUAUUCAGAAAAAGAAGAGCUCAACUUACUCAAGCCUGCGGAAACACAUGUGAAAGCCGACCAAGUGUCAGGGACUUCGAAGAGUAGAGAUGAUGCAUGCACUAACAAACAACGCGGGCCACCACGUAUGCAGCGUCAGGAUACCAUUCCAGAAACAGAUGCACUCGAAGAGACGCAACCCUCGUUCUUCCCAUCCAAGAGCUUGGAAGAAGUUGCAGAGGGUGAUACUGUUGUUGAGAACGAACCGAACGGUAAGGGCCUUCUGCAAACGGCCAGAGAAGAUCGUGACGGAUCUCCUUCCAAUAUGCCAGCACCCAUCGGUUCAAAUGACAACGGAAGCGAUGAAAUUCUAGAAGGUGACCGCAUCCGGUGUUUGGACGAUAUCUAUAAUCUUCCUGAGACUCAGCAUUCAGCAAAUGAAGAAGAUGUGGAGAUGCCUAGACUGAGCGGGCUGGAGGAUGAUGACGGCGAUGUUUUCAUGCAGCGAUCUUCGCCAGUUGCGCCAUCUGCGAAGCGGCGCAAGGUCACAUACAUUGCCAAACGCAAAGCCUUUCGGGAUUCACCGAGAGCGACGACUGAUACAGAGUCGCUUUCAGAUCCUCCUCCAUCGCCUCAUCUCAACCAAGUCCAACUAGCACUCGAGGAGACCCAGCCAGCUAUGCUGCCUCAUGAGCGUGAAGAACAGAGUGUGCUUGCAACGGUCGAUACAAGAGAAGAAGAAGCGCGGCCUUCCUAUACGCGAACGACCUCAUUGAAGUCCAAAGUUCUGCCCAAACCCUCUAAACCUCGUAAUCAGCGACAGGGUGCAUUGAAAUCUGUUUCAAGAGAUCUUUUACGAACCAUGUCUUCACCUGUACAAUUGCCCACAAGAUCAGGUGGAUCUGUUCGUGCCCAGACUAGCAGCCCAGUUACGCCUACGAAAUCUCGGGAAGCUGUCGUGAAGCAGUUAACAGACGUCGACAUGGCCGACGUCGGCAGCCAAACAGCCGUGCCUGUUAGCUCUGUCGCCCAGCCGGCCGACUUUGAGAAAAUGGAUGUAGAUCUAUCCCAGAGAAGUACAACUCCACCUGAAAUUGUUGUGCCAAAUAGGGUUUUCGCAUGCUGGCCAGGAAGCCACUAUUACCCUGCUACGUGUAUUGGUCGUGCAACAGCUCGCCAGCUUCAGAUUCGUUAUGACGACGGUAACAUCACAUACAUGGACGCGGCACAUGUAAGAGCACUAGACCUUCGCAAGGGUGACCAGGUCAAGGUGGAUGAGCCGGGUAUGAAGAAGAACGCGUACGUUGUGGUGGGGUUCAAAGAUAAGAUAAAUGAUCUUAGCGGCGAAGAGUUUCCAACUACUGAUCAGCGUGGGCACAUGACAAUCAUUCUGGAAGAGAGGCCAAGGGAAAGUUUACCACAGGCCAAAGCGCUUCAACCAUCUGCACACAUCUCAGUACCCAUGGCAAGCAUCUACCUGACCGCUUCGCUCUGCAAGCGACUUCGCGACCGAUCCUUUGCAUUGUCAUUAAUGAUCUCGCCAACCAAAUCAGUCUCACACAUAGGUACUCCUAUUGCAGACCCUUUGACUACUCCUUCAUUCACUCGGCGCGGAACGGCAGUGUUGUCUUUUCUAAAAGACGUUACCACACGAGCUGCUUCAGUAGCUUCAACAACCCGAUCUAGCAGUGGUUUAUUCGCAAACAUGGCUUUUGUAAUCACUUCCACGACAGCGGAUGUGGACAAAGAUAGCGUCACCAGACUCAUCAAAAGCAACAAUGGCCAAGUACUAGAGCAUGGGUUUCACGAACUCUUUGACUAUGAGCCAGAGGAGGCCCCACCAUCUUCUGAGAAUCGUCGGAUAUCAAGUUCUACUUUCGAGGGAUCGAAUGGCCUGGUACUCAAGCAGGCAUAUAAGGACCUAGGUUUUGUUGCACUUAUUUCGGACGCCCACUCUCGCAGCACAAAGUACAUCCAAGCUCUCGCCCUCAACGUUCCGUGUUUGCAUGUUCGUUGGAUUCACGACUCACUCAACGCUUCUCGCGCUGCCCCUUUUACACGCUACCUCUUGCCCGCCGGUGUCUCAAAGUUUCUCGAUCCAAACGGCGUCAUCCGCUCACGCACAAUGGCCCCCUACGAUCCAGCCAGCGAGGAUACCACUUUUGCGCAGAUAAUCCAAGGCCGCGACCUGCUUCUACGUGGCCAGAAUGUCCUUCUAAUAACUGGCAAAUCAAAAAAGGCAAUCGAGAAACGCCAGCCGUUCAUCUUUCUCUCACAUGCCCUCGGGUCCGCAAACGUCGGUCGCUGCACUGAUGUAGCAGCUGCAUCAGACAUGCUUGCCAAUGGUAAGUGGGACUGGGUUUAUGUAGACAAUGACGAACACGGUGUCACCGAGGCUGCGGCUGCGUUACUCGGCACAGAGAAACCUGCAGCUGUAAGUGGCAAGUCUAAGAAGGGGGGGAAGAAGAGGAAGAGAGACGUUGAUGGUGAAGCUCAAGAAGAACUUUUUAUUAAGGGAGAUCUUGGGAACAAAACCGUUAGAAUCACUUGUGCAGAGUUUGUCAUUCAGAGUUUGAUUCUAGGUGCGCUGAUCGAAGAGUGA